AUGAAGCUCGCCUACCUCACUCUCCUUGUCGUCGGCACCGUGGCCACUGCUGCGCCGAUCCAGGCCGACUCCGUCGUCGUGCGCGACGCCGCCCCCGCCUCCGCGCCCGACGUCGACGCCGUCGUUCCCCGCGACCCGCAGCCCGCGCCCGCGCCCGCGCCUGACGCCGACGCCGAGCCCCAGGCCAUCCCCUACAUCCCCAAGACGAAGUCCAACAUCAGGCCCGGUCAACCCUACACUUUCUGGUUUCCAUGUGUUUGGCAUUGUUAG